AUACUGAGAAACAGGAAGUGAAUUGUUUAUUUCAGAUUGCCUCUUAAAAAAUUUCUGACCCUCACAUGGUGCAUCCUUUGAUUCUCUUUGGCAUUUUAUUGUGCACAAGAGGCACAUUGAGCAUGAAGACAUUGAACCACGUGGCUGUGAGAACUGGAGGAAAUGUUACAAUCCCAUGUCUGUAUGAUGAACAGUAUAAACUUCACCCAAAAUACUGGUGUGUGGGACUGCUGUGGAUCUCCUGCCAGAUUAAUGCAUAUACAAACAAAACUGAUAAAUGGCAAGUAACCGAUUACCCAGCAAAGAAUAUUUUUACUGUGCAACUCAACAAUCUGUCCCCCUCUGAUUCUGGAUAUCACUGGUGUGCUGUGGAGAUUGGUACCCAUGCCAACCCCGAUGACAAAGAAAGCUUGUAUUUAACAGUUAAAACAGAUCCUGAUGUCUCAGUGGUGAACAGCAGAGUAACUGGACUGGAAGGUGGAAAUAUCAGUGUCCAGUGUCUCUACAGUUCUGGACAUAAGACUACAUUUAAACAGUGGUGCAGAUUCAAAGACAAGAUAUGUUACACAGAGGGUAGGACUGACACAUCCCAGAAUUCAUCAGUCCAGAUCAGCGAUGAUAGGAGAGAAUCCUUCACUGUGGUGAUGACUGGACUGAGAGAGAGUGAUUCUGGCUGGUACUGGUGCUCUGUAGGAGAUCUACAGGUUCCUGUUCAACUCUUUGUUCUAUUGGACACUGAAAAUGAUAGAAGCUCAGAUAAUGCUGGUUCUGUUUCCCCUACAUGUGAAAACCACCAAAUGGCAAGACAUGAUACAGAGGACUGUUUUCCUGACACUACGUCUGAGCACAGAAACGGCAUUUUACUGCUACUCUGGAUUGCUGGGCCGUUACUUCUGCUACUGAUGCUGGUUUUGUUAACCUGGAGGAUCAAACGAAAACACAAUGGAGCUUUGGUCACACAAGCACCCGAUGCAACUUCUAUGACAGGGGGUCCUCUCUGCUAUGAUACAGUGGUCUUCAAGGAAGGAAAGGGUCGUGAUCAAGACAAGAUCUCCACUCAAAGUCCUGCUGACCAAGACUGUGAAGUGCUCUACAGUGCUGUGAAACUUCAUUAAUAACAGGUGGUGGUGUAGUGGUCGAAGCACAUAAUUGGUAAUCUGGUAAUCAGAAGGUCACUGGUUCAAGCCCCACAGCCACCACCAUUGUGUCCUUGAGCAAGGCACUUAACUCCAGGUUGCUCUGGGGGAUUGUCCCUGUAAUAAGUGCACUGUAAGUCUCUUUGUAUAAAAGCAUCUGCCAAAUGCAUACAUGUAAAUGUAAAUACUAUUAAUGUUUGACCACAACUCCUAGUGGUAAAAAAGCACGUGUGAAUCCAUCUGUCACAUGUUUGCAGAGGCAAAUGUUAUUCUGCUUUUCUUACCAUCUUCUAAAUCAUUGUGAGAUGUAAAAACACAUCACAUCAGACAGCUUGGCAACAACAUGAAAUCUGAUUACGCAAAAAUAUGUCUUUGCAAUAAAGAAUUCAAUUUUAAGCUGAUAAACAUUUUUAUAUAAAUGUAAUAUUUAUAUAGUUGUAAUUUUGACAAUUAAUUUUAUUGUAGAUUUUUAAGACAGUUCUUCUGUCUUUACACUUGAUUCUUGUCUGUUACACUUUCUUUUACUUCCUUUGACCAUGUUGAACUACGAAGCAAAAUCAUUGUUUGAACAAUGGCCGUUAAUCUUUACCAUGACCUGCACUGCACAUAAAUAACUCAUUUUGGCAUUAUAUUCAAAAUGAUAGUCAGAGGGGAACUGGCCCCCACAGAGAGCCUGGUUUCUCCCAAUGUUAUUUUUCUCCAUUAACCAACAUCUUAUGCAUUUUUUGUUACCUAUCUUUAUACACACUUCAUAAUCGUAUUUAAUCAAACUACACAAUUAUGAUUUAAGACUUUAUAGAUAUUAAGGUUUCAUUUUCUGUUAAUGCAUGAUUUUCUGUAAAGCUGCUUUGAAAUGAUGUGUGUUGAGAAAUGUGCUAUGCAAAUAAAAAGACUUGA